AUGACAGAAAAGCCCAAACAACCUUCGCUCGUCAAAAUACCUUCUCGGUCGUCUUCUCAUCAGAAACAGUCCGAGACAACGUCCCCUACUCCUCCUGUAUCAACUAUACCGAACGAAGAACCCGCUUCUCCAAGGCGCGGGUCCAAAAGGAGCCUCCUGAGCAGAAGUAGGAACGCCAGCCGAAGCAGCAGAAAGUCGACAAAGGCGGCCCGUACUGGUGACGACCCCAAAGAGCCAGUGCCGCCACUUGCGCAGUCGGGCGCUCCUAGAAGUGACAAGAAACCUCGAAGCGGCCUGCUCGCACUAUUUAACUGUUGUUUACCCCAUGAACUGCCUGACGAUACGAAAUCCGACGACCCUGACGUCUCAGCAAAGAAGGUUAAAAUCCAGCCUACGCCGCAGAGGGCGUCCAGGCCACCCGAACAGAGUGAGGUUAUCGGGAACGAGAAAGCGCUGGAAGGCAGAGCGUCUGCCGGGGAGCGGGUUGUGGAGGGCCGAGGUGGGGAGGAAGAGAAGGCUGGGCUUUCCGAGAAACGGGCGAUUGAUGUUACCGGACCAGGAGUAACACGAGAGGAUGUGUAUGACGACAAAGUUAGCCCUGUAUCAGGAGGCAACGGGUCAGCAUCCGCCACAACUCAACCGAACCCCGGGGACCAAGAACUAGCUCAUAGCGGCCAACUUGAACCGCUGCAGACAACGACGGCUAUUGCGCCCGAAUCCUCCACCAAGCCAGAAUUGGAGGUGACGGCCGCAACGCCCCUUGAGCCAGAACUCUCCACCGACGCUCAAAGUUUCCGGGGUCCGAGUGACAGAGACAGCGAUGUCGAUAUGAGCGAUGCGCCUCCUUCGGUUCCAAGCGAUGAAGACGAACCGGUGGACGAGCCUCCUCAACCGGCAGAGCUACAACCUCAAGUGCCUCUGCCUCCUCCACCCCCGUUAGAGAAGCGCCAAGAGCAGAUCGCAACCAAGGAAGUCCCGGCGGUCUCAGAAGAAGUGGCCGAAAAGCAGACAUGGCUUCUGCCUCCUCUCGAGCCCCGGUUCAAAGGGCGGAAGUGUCUAGUCCUUGAUCUGGAUGAGACAUUGGUACACAGCAGCUUCAAAAUCCUUAACCAGGCCGACUUCACCAUUCCCGUCGAGAUUGAAGGCCAGUACCACAAUGUGUAUGUCAUAAAAAGGCCCGGCGUGGAUGCCUUUAUGAAAAGGGUUGGUGAACUGUACGAAGUCGUUGUGUUUACAGCUUCGGUCUCCAAAUAUGGUGAUCCGUUGUUGGACCAGCUAGAUAUCCACCACGUGGUGCACCACCGACUGUUCCGUGAGAGCUGCUAUAAUCACCAGGGAAACUAUGUGAAGGAUCUAUCGCAGGUCGGACGGGAUUUGAAAGAAGUCAUCAUCAUCGACAAUUCGCCGACGUCCUACAUCUUCCAUCCGCAACAUGCAGUUCCCAUAAGCUCCUGGUUUUCGGAUGCCCACGAUAAUGAACUGCUCGAUCUGAUACCGGUCCUCGAAGACCUUGCGGGACCGCAAGUGCGGGAUGUGAGCUUGGUUUUGGAUGUUGCCCUGUGA